GUGUUUGCUCGUUGUGAUUCUGCUGACUCCUUUGCCUUGAAAGAAAGUGAUAAAAAAAAACUGUCAAUAUCUUAAAGCGCAGAGGAUUAGCUAAAAAAAAUGUGGAAAGGAAAGAGACUGGAAGUUGGAAUGAGGAAAAAUGGAACUUACAAACAUCGGAAUUAAAAUCUUAUAAACUAAAGAUGUGUAUUUUUCUGAGCCUCGCCCAAGUGAGAGUAAACAGGCGAACUUCAAGUUGUAAAACUGUUGCUGUUGGUCGUGACGGGAAACUAUUUUAACAGCACGACCAAAACAGCCGGAGCAGAAGAGCAGGGCUGGAAGCACAGAGGGCAGCAUCAGAGAUCAAUAUUAUUCCCCUCAAGAUCCAAAGUGUCGAUCAUAAACUUUCCCGCAACAUUGCGAGUAAUCAAACCUGUAUUAGAUGAGUUCCCUUGCCCUAGAAUCAAAUAAAAAAUGGGAUGGCAGUACUCCAAAGAAAACGAGAAUGAAAUUAUUGAUUUACUGAAGGCCAGAAACUGGUUUGAAUUCUUGAACGCUGAAGUGAACCCAGGCAUGGAAAUAACGCAGAGUAGGUAAGGCAAGACGUCAUUGUGACCUAAUCUAACCUGAGCUCUCAUGAUGAGUCGCCGGAGCGUGGUGAUAGUGAUGACCUCUUUCUUCUGGUUCACCGCGACGGCCGCGGCAAAGGAAAUGGGCUUGGUGCGGUCUCUGUGGGUGGUGCGAGGAGGGCGGGCCGAGCUUCCCUGUGCCCCGACGCCCAAGCACAAGCAAGACUCUGCCCUCGUGGUGCUGUGGUACCGCUCCAGCGACACAAUACCAGUCUACAGCUAUGACGCCCGGGAGGGAGAGUUCACCUCCGGCGUUAGGUGGGCGGACGAGGGAGAGCUGGGCGGGCGGGCGCACUUCAUUCCCUCCUCGGAGCCGCCCACGCUAGUACUGGAGCCCGCCCACGCCCGCGACCAAGGCGUGUACACCUGUAGGGUCGACUACCUUCUGUCGCCCUCCACUACAGCUGUUGUCAACCUCACUGUUGUGGUUCCCCCGGGGCCUCCCAUGAUCCUGUGGGGCGGGCGUGGGGUGGUGGACGUGGUCGGGCCGCUGGGGGAGGGCGAAAGGGCGGAGCUCACCUGCAGAAGUAAGGGUGGUAGACCCCCUCCCACUCUCACCUGGACUAGAAGAGGACAGCGCUUGCCUCUGCUCGCCUACAACACGUCCUCCUCCCUCGACCCAGAAAAGUUUUGGGUGGAGGCGCGGGUGGCUAUUGUCGGCAGCCGUGACCUUUUGGGCAGCACCCUCUCUUGCCACGCCCACAUGCCCUCCCUCGCCCAGGUGCACACCACCCUCCCGCAGAUGCAGACAGCCUCUGUGAUAGUCAACGUCACGUUGCCGCCGGUGACAGUGAGAAUCCUGGGUCCCGGCGCGGCGGCCUCAGCGGGCACGGAGCUGCGUCUGACGUGCCGUGCCGCGGGCUCCCACCCUCCCGCUCAGCUAACUUGGUGGAGCGGCCACAAGCGCCUCUCACAAGUUUCUUAUGCCGUGGAGGCGGGCGGCAAUGUGACCAGCGCCACUCUUACGCUGCUGGUGGACCGGGAGCACAACGGCGCCACCCUAACCUGUACCGCCGCCAAUCCCGCCCUCCCCGGGGAGCGAAACCUCAGUGACUCCAUCAGGCUCAGCGUCUACUACGCUCCGGUGGUCGAUCUCUCAAUGGGACGCCCCUUGGACCCAGGAAGCUUGAAGGAGGGAGAUGACGUGUACUUCGAGUGCAGCAUCAUUGCCAACCCUCCUUACAAACGCGUCAUCUGGUAUCAUAACGGGGCGGUGGUGGGGCACAACGUGAGCUCCGGCGUGGUGGUGAGCAGACAGAGCCUCAUCCUGCGCCACCUCAACAGAGAGCACUCCGGUUCCUACACCUGCGGGGCGACCAACCAUGAGGGACACAACACAAGCAACGCCGUAAUCCUCUCUGUCAAACAUGCUCCAGUAUGUGCCGGUACAGGGCGGGAGAGGACCCAGGGGGCGCCACGAGGCUCCACCGCAUCCAUCAAGUGCACGGUGGAGGCCGAGCCCGCAGAGAACAUCAGGUGGUCGUGGAUCAGGAAGCGAGCGGAUGGAACAGAGGAGGAAGUGCCUGACGAGGAUGUGCGGGUCGAUGGCCUCUCCUCCAGCGUCCUCGUCACGCCGCACACACCUGAGGACUACGGCCGCUUUCUCUGCGUGGCGUCUAACGAUGUGGGCGAGCAGCGCGAGGCCUGCGUGGUGACCCUGGUGCCAGCGGGGCCGCCAGAUGCGCCCACAAAUUGCUCUGUGUCCCCUGCUGACCCCAGCACGGUGCACGCUCACCCCACCACCGCCGCCCUCACCAUCACCUGCCUGGAGGGGUUUGACGGAGGUUUGCCGCAGCACUUCACGCUGGAGACCUGGCAGGACAAUGAGCUCAUAGACAACAUGACCAGCAUGUUCCCGGAGUGGGUGGUAUCGGGGCUCCGGGCGGGAGUGGGCGUGACGCUGCGGGUGGCUGCCCAUAACUCUCGCGGUCGCAGUGAUGCUCUACGCUUCGAGGUGCACACUGCCAGCGCGCAGCACCACGCCGCACCAGACUCCAAGUGGGGAUUCCUGGGUGUCCCUCCGUUGCUGGGCGCCAUCGUAGGCGUUGGCGGCGUGCUACUCAUCAUCCUGGUAACGGGCGUGAUCGUUGCCAAGUAUACCUGGCGCCCACAGCCGCCCACUCACGUACACACACUCAUCAUGACGCCCACUACUGCCAAUCCUGACCCCGAUACCUACGACCCCGACGUGGUGUCCUCGCUCCGUCGGCCAGCUGACAGCUUGGACGUGCUGCCCCGCUCCGAUCCCGCCCAGCAGACUGCCGCCCCCGCCACUCUCACCACGGCUCAGGCCUCCAUGCACCAGGGGGAGCAGGAGCAGACGACUGUACGCACCCUCCCCGCCAAGCAAGGGAGCAAGCACACGUCAUUCUCCCGUGGUUUCUGCCUCCACAGACAGAACAGUCCCUUCGGGGAUAGUGAGGAGACUGGUGACUCGGACUCAGACUCUACUUUCACUGACCUGACCGCUGCUGGCCGCGCCGCUGCCGCCCUGCCGCCUGGUGCCAGACACUGCAACUCUCUCCCACGUGCAAGGAAGCAAAUCCAUCAACUUUCCUCAUCACCACUAGACCUACAGCUGAGGGCGUGUCAAGUGUCUCAGGUGGUGGCGACCCCCGAUGGCAUGAUUCAACGCAUCCCCUAUCUGGUUAGGAACCCGCGCCAGCCUCCGCCGUCCUCAUCAGGAGAACUGCGGCACCUCACGGCCUCCGCUGAAGAAUUGCAUCCGCUCAUAUUCUCCCGAGACUUCACGCAGCUUCUGUCAUCCGCAGAUGUUCGACAUUUGUCUUAUUCGGGUACAGAGCUGCGGUUGAUUCCCGCCACAGGCACUUGGCCGCUGGCGUCCUCAUCAGGGGAGCUUCGACUUCCGCUGCAGUCUUCAGGAACUUUACACUCCGUCACUACUGAGGAAUUUCGGCUCCUCCCUUCAUCAUCAGGCUCGUCCCCAUGGGACUUACAAACCACGCCUAUCUUUAACAGACUCUCCCCAGCUAGUCAACGAAUGCCGUACCCAGAGAAAACACAGCAUUCUCCAGAGACACCUGUCACACAAUCACAACCUCAUUCACCCUGUGCAGAAUUACAGCCUCGGUCGCUCGCCACGCAGCCUCUGGUUCAAACCAUAUGCACGGAGCCUCAGCCUCGAUCAUGCUGCCAGGAAUUGAAGCUUCUACAGUCCUUUGCUGAGCCUCAGCAUCAGGGAUCCAAUUCAAUGUCCCUCCAUCGUCCGUCUUGCCCCGAAGCUCAUGCCGAGGCAAAAAGUGCUGAGAGUCACUCACAGAUCGAUUUUGUCGACCCUCAUCUCCGGACGAAUUCUUCCAACACACAGUCCAUAUCAUGUAUGAGGCAAACAGCUCCCAUUCUUGACAGAAACGAAACUGUGACGGACGAGUCAAUGGAUCCAAUUGAGCACCAAGUAUCUCUGAGGGAAUUACAACCUCCGUCUGCUCCGAGCGAGGAGGUGGAGCCAUUGUUAUCCACAAUAGAGCUCCAGCCACCUCCGUCCUUCAGGGAGCCAGAGCAUUGUUCUCAAUUUCAAACGGGAUCACUCUCGGACGCUGAACACCAGAGACAACCAACAGUUCGACCAGUGACCUGCCCAUUGUCUCCUCUGUCGAGCCAGUCACAGCAGUACAAAGUGAGGGAAGCAAUAGGGUCAGAGUUUGAUUCCACGGGGUCUCAGGUCAAGCCUUCACCUUCCGUCGCUUUAAAUGAGAUACUUAGGCAAUCAGAAGAUCCAUUUUUGCCUAGAAUCAUUAAACAUGAUCCUGUGAUGUUCAGCGGUAAUCAGUUUCCUGAUAGAUACAUAGAAAGCUCUCCUGAGGGAGGGAGCAGAGGGUUGUUGGCACGGAAAGGAUCCAAAAAGGGUAAACAAGUAACAUUCAGCGGUGAAGAAGACAUGGUUACCCCGGUGGUGGCACGCGUGCCACCCAAGACUGUGAGUGGAAAAAGUGAUAAGCGAUGUGCUCAAUUGUUCUCGUGCGUGGACUUGCCUCCCUCUGGACGGACGCCUAAGCCUCAUGACACCGUCACUCCCUCUCCGCCAACACACAAACAGCCAAUGGGAUUUCCGGGCCAAGAGACGGCGGACGUCUAUCCACACACUAGCAGGAACGAUACGGAGGCGCUUCAUAAGGUUAUAAACCAGCAGUCAGAAAUCACCACGCCCUCCAGAACGUGCCGUGGACAUAAUCAGUUUUCUUCGACUCCCGGUGGUGACUUUCGUGAGUCAUUUGUUACAAGUGACCUUCCGCACGUUCUCCGCAAAACUUCUGACCUCCACGGCAGUCCUGUGCAGCCGACCUUCUCAGAUGGUUGCACAGCGGCGAGGUCGCGAGAAACCUUUACACCAGAGGGUCAUGAAGACUCACAGCAACAGGGGCAUGGCCCUCAUGACUCCAUGACCUCACCCGCUCACACCACCACACAUAGAUAGAAAACCCCCUCCGUGACCUGAGCACUGGCUAUCCGAAGCUUCGUUACAGAGCCGCCCCUCACGCUCGUCAGGGGCGGGCCGCUGCCGCAGUGAUCCUGCUGCGCUGUGAACAGUAAGAAUGUGUGCUCCUGAAAUAUGGAGAUAAUUAUGUCAUAAACGAUAAAAUAAUAUUUUCUUUGUAUGAUUAGAAAGAUCACUAAGCAAAUGCAGCAUAUAAGAAUAUAUAUUUAUAUAUGUAUGCGUAAACUAACAUACAAUCAUGUAAAUGCAUGUGUUAUUGCCUUCUGUGUAUAUUUCUGUUGGCACUAAGAGAUAUUCCACAUGGCGAAUUGAAACUGUACAUGAGUUUCUCACUGAGGAGUCAUUCUGGAAACCAAAAAUAUAUAUAUACAUAACAAAUAGAUUAAAAAAAAAAAGCGCUGCUCCCAAGGGGCAAGACCGCUGCUGAUGCCUCCUCAUGGAUUCAUUGGAAUGUUUCACUUUGUUAAAUAGAUGGUACAAUUUCUUAAA